AGGUGGUAAGGGCACCAGAGGAAAACCCUAGAAGAUGCUGCUUCUCCUGCUCAGCUGUCUCCUGCCCACCACCAAUGGGAAGAACUGCCUCCAAUGCUGGCAAGAGCUGCCUGCACUGAUAGAUUAUGACCUGCAGAUUCUUUGGGGCACUCCAGGGCCACCCGCAGAGCUCUCCCAAAGCCUCCAUUCCCUAUUUAUGGACAAUCAGUCUUCUCCUGAAAACUCGUACCUUGGUCAAGACCAUUUGGAGGAAGCAGCAGGAACGUUAUUCACUCACAUAGAUAAAGCCAUUAAGAAGCUUCGAGAUGAUAAACCAUCACUUUUGGAAGAAGUUCGUGUCCUGAAGCAGCAAUUUUCCAAGGAGCUGGAAGAUGUAUCUGAGGGGCUGAAGGACAAGGCCUGCAAUGAGUCCUGUGACAUCCGCUCCACAUUGGAGGUAAUCAGUUGCACCACAUGCCAGAAACACUUCCUUACCUGCCAAGACCCUGCUGUCUGCCCAGGAGCAUGGACUGGGAAGAACUUCAGGUGGGCUGUGGGCAUCGGCAUCGCUCUGCCCCUGGCGAUCCUAGCUGGAGGUGGAUGUUACAUUUUCUGGCUCGAGAAGAAGAAAAAGAAGGAAGAGGAGGAGGCACAAAAGGUCCUGGGACAUCCAGGAUCCCCAAGGAGGGAAAGCUGUGUCUGCUUGGGGGUAGCAAGUCUAGAGGCCCCAAGUCUGGUUCCCUGGGCCUGGUUUCCAAAGGAGUGUAGGAUCAAGGGCUGGGACUCAGGAGAGCCACCAUCAGCCCCCAGUGUGAGCAGACCCCUCCAGGGCCAGGCGCCCGGGACAGAGCAAGAGCAAAGCCCUCAAUCUCCAACUGACCCACAAAGUGCUCCCUGCCCAUAGCUGUCAUCAUCCCUCUGCAGCACCCACCUCUACCCUUCACCACCCUGCUGCCUGACUGCACAGACUGCCAACAAUCCCCCUGGUCCUCUGCUCCUGGUUGGGUUUGGCCAGCUGGAGGUCAGAGGCAGAAGCAGUCCUGCUUCUCCUCUCUUGGCAGGGACCAGUUGGCCACUUGUCAUCUUCAACUGAACAAAGGUCCCAGCUGCUGUCAGGAAGCUCUCUUACCUCUGAGUUCUGGUAACUCUACCUGUCCCGACCCCUUUA